UAGCGCUCCGUAGUGCAGCCAGUAGCAGUAGCGUAGCUAGUAGCUCAGUUAGCAGUAGCGUGCAAGUAGCAGUACAGAGCAGUAGCGCAGUAGCAGCUCCCCUCCCAUCAGCCUGCCCUCCCCCAGUCCCUCUCCCCCCGCCUCCCCCCUUCGCCCCAGCAUCUCCUCCCGUCCCAUGUAUAUCCCUUCCCAGCCCCUCCCGUUCCAGCCUCCCCUUCCCCAGCCUCCCCCUUCCCCCA